GAUAGAAAACCAAGUCGCACAUUUUUUGAAGUCUGAGGAGGUGUUUGACGGGGUCAAAUCACAAUUAAAAAAACAGUUUAUUGAGUCACUAUCCUUUUAUUUUGAAUAGUUCUCUAGAGCGUGCUAGAGCGGUAAUUCUACUUUGGAGGUCAUUGGUUCUCCAGAACAGUAACUACCUGGUGUUUUGAGACAAAGUAUAUUUAACUGCGAUCUGAAAAUAUCUUCACAAGAAUAUGGAAAAUGAUGAAGUUGUACUUACUGAUAGCACGAAGAAAAUUAAAGCUAUAAUCUUAAUUGGUGGUCCAUGUAAAGGGACUCGCUUUAGGCCACUUUCAUUGGAGUUGCCUAAACCACUUUUUCCAAUAGCUGGGUUUCCAGUUGUUUACCAUCAUAUUGAAGCCUUUUCCAAGUUACCGGGAUUGAGGGAAAUCAUUCUUUUGGGAUUUUACCAACCAAAUGAGGCUCUCAACCAGCUUAUUUCGAAUGCGCAGCACGAGUUUAAGGUUUCUGUUAGAUAUUUACAGGAGUUCACAUCACUAGGAACAGCUGGUGGUAUAUAUCAAUUCCGUGACCAAUUAUUAUCUGGAUCUCCGGAUUUGUUGUUCGUGAUGAAUGGUGAUGUAUGCUGUGAUUUACCUCUUGAGGAAAUGCUCGAGUUUCACAAAUGUUUGGGUACUGGGGAUCGGUUUUUAAUUAUGGCGACUGAUGCGACACGUCAACAGUCUAUGAAGUUCGGUUGUAUUGUUGAAGACCCCAACACCCAUGAAGUUAUGCAUUAUGUCGAGAAGCCAGCAACGUUCGUCAGCACAACAAUAAAUUGUGGUCUUUACCUAUUUACUCCUGGGAUAUUUAAAUUUAUUCGUAUAGCUUUUCUUGAACAUCAGAAUCAACUAAAUUAUGAUUUAAGACCUUCAUGCAAAGAAACUAUUCAUUUAGAACGAGAAAUAUGUCAACCGUUAGCUGGAAGUGGGACUUUAUUUGUUUAUCAUACCAAUCGGUUUUGGAGUCAAAUCAAAUUUGCUGGUGCUGUAAUCUACGCUAAUCGUCAUAUAUUGUCACUUUAUGAAAGAACCCAUCCUCAUAGACUUGCUAAAAUGUCAAUACCAAGUUCAUCAAACCUACAAAUGUUAGAUGAUCCCAUUAAUUCAUCAUUAGUUGUGAUGAAUGGCAAUUGCCAACCAUCGAUUUGUGGACCGAUCAUAAUUGGUCAUGUAUUCAUACAUCCAACUGCUUCAAUCGACCGAACAGCUGUUAUAGGACCCAACGUAAGUAUAGGUGAACGAGCUGUAAUACAAGCAGGAGUACGUCUACGAGAAUGCAUUGUACUCAGGGAUGUUGAGAUUCGUGCACACGCUUGUUGCCUGAAUGCAGUAAUUGGAUGGAAUACAGUUAUUGGGGAAUGGGCUCGUGUCGAAGGUACACCCAAUGAUCCUAAUCCUAAUAAGCAAUUUACCAAACUUGAAGUUUUACCUGUUUUCAAUGUUAAAGGUCAACUAAAUCCAUCCAUUACUGUGAUUGGCUCCAAUGUGGAAAUUCCUCCUGAAGUUAUUGUUCUGAACUGUAUAGUUCUACCACAUAAAGAAUUAUCACAAAGCGCUAGAAAUCAAAUUAUUUUAUGAUAUACAUGUAAUCAAUUUAUAUCAGUACACAAAUGUAUGUGUGUACGGAAGACAAUAUUGUGUAUACAAUUAAAGCAACUACCAACUAAUUUAUCUCAACUGUUUAUUUUCAUAUGUAUCUAUUAGGCGGUUUGGUUAAUGGUUAAAAAAAAAUUAGGAAAGUAUGUACAUUUUUACUUGGUACUUAUUUCUCGAAGAAAAAAAAACUAUUUACUUUAUUCUUUCUUAUAUACGUGACAAGCAUGAUAAUAUUUUCCUUUGGUUAUUUCAUUAUGAUUUAUUUAUCGUUUUGAUCUGUUUUCUUUUUUUUUGUUCAAAAAACCCAACUGUAAUUUGAUUUUAAACUUGUUUAUUGCUUUUUUUUUGUUUUUUUUUAAAAAAUUUUUUGUAUAAUUGGACUGAUCUUCUUUGUAUCCAUUGGUAAUGUACGAUAGUAGUUUUAAAUAGGAAUGACCGUUUCUAUCCUUUCUAUAUAUUAUUUUAUAAUAUCGUUUUUCAGUUUAAUACUAAUUCUCUUAUAUUAAUUUAUACGAAAGACAAUAAUUCAUCAUUAUUUAUUAUUAUCAUUGAUUCUAUUCAUUGGUUUGCUAUUUUAGUUCAAUAGUUUUUUUCUCUCUCUCUUUGUGUUUCUUAUUAUUCUAGUAUGAUUACGGAGCACUAAUAAACAUGUUUGUUUAACCCUUAAAUAUUGAAUUAAUCCAUUAAAAUUGAUGAAAUAAAUUUGUUUUGUUUUUUUCU